AUGUCUUCCUCUGAGCAGACCGUUGGCGCCAUUGUUAGCCUCACUCCUCCCGAGGAUGGAGACAACACCUGGACCGCCGAUCAAGUAAACCUUGCUCGCAGCCUCCCUCCUGGGGACAUUCAAGGCCGAGUUGAUAUCGACUGGGGCUUUGGUCCCGUGAAGAUCACUGGUUAUGUCGAUACCAACACUUUUGAGAUUGGAGUCAGUGUCAGCAUUCUCGGCAUCAACGUUGGUAACAUCUUUGGAAACCUCAAAGAUGGCGUUGGUUUGAACAUCAACCUUUUCCUCGCUUCCGGCUCCAUCAAGUUCUAUUUGAAGAACGGGAACGAGGUUUGGGUGCACCUUGACAUCAAGGUCAAGUUUGACGGACAUUUCGAGGGUGACUAUAAGAUCAUCACCAUCUAA